CAUGGGUUCCCAAAUCAGACCAUCCGGCAAAUCCCUCGAACGAAACGAAGCCUCUUUUUCCCCACGUUCAAAACCUCGAAUCCGAUCCCCCCCCCUUCCGAAUCACCAACACCGCUCGGGAAUUUCGACAACAAGAUGUUCUUGCAACGAACUGCUAUUGCUGCGGCUCGCCGCGCCGCCGUCGCUCCGGCCAUUGCUCGCGGCUUCACCACCUCUAUUGCUCGCCGUUCUGCUGGUCCUACAACCCCCAGUGAGCAGGCUGCUGCUCUUGCCGGCACCGCCCAGAAGAAGGUUGGAACUUACAAGACCAUCUCCGAGGUCAAGACCGAGGACGACCUCAUCGGACCUGGUGGCCAGCCCGGCGCCGUCCCUACCGAUCUCGAGCAGGCCACCGGUCUUGAGCGUCUGGAAAUCCUCGGAAAGAUGGAGGGCGUAGACGUUUUCGACAUGCGACCCCUCGACGCCAGCCGCAAGGGAACCAUGGAGAACCCCAUCCUGGUGCGCUCCGCCGGCGAUGAGCAGCUUGCUGGCUGCACCGGCUAUCCCGUCGACUCCCACACCGUUAUCUGGCUCGGCCUUUCCAAGGAGCGUCCCGUGGAGCGAUGCCCCGAGUGCGGCGGCGUCUACAAGAUGGAGUACAUCGGACCCGAGGACCACGGCCACGACCACGGACACGGCCACCACGCCCAGGAGAUUGCCGAGCCCAAGACCUUUGCCGACUUUGUCAAGCCCGAGUACCGCUACCAGUAAAUGCAAUGCACACGAUGGCGAUAAACAAAGGGGGAUAUAUAAAACUGAUGGCAGGAGGAGGGUGACUCAAAGAUGUAUUAUCAAAGGCGUAGAGACGGCAAGAGGGGCGAAAGUGCCGUGCCCGCGGGAGGUUGGGAAGCGGCUGUGUAUUCUGUAGAUACCGAUGAUUUCGUUUCAAUGUGUAUCACAAGCAUUGACAAGACUGGAGGCCUGUUUGUUUGUUUUUUUGAUAUAUCUAGUGCUGACGCUGGAAGCUGCGUCCAUUGCCUGGUUGGUGUUCUAGAUUGUGAUGUUAUGACUCUUGCACCGUCGCAGGAGGGCUUUGAAUCAUUAGUAGUAGGGCGCCGUAUCAUGCAGCUCGUGCAGUAAUAGCAGCUGUUCCGCCGAGCUCCUAAUUUCGGAAUGCCGAGUGUAUAGAGCUUCUUUUACCCCAAUUCGACGAAUUGCAACUCAUAAACAUGUACCAACACCUGAUGAAUGCUAUUCGCUUCAAGACGAUCCCUGGUAGAGCACACGAAAAGCUUCUGCGGUAAUGCUUGAUGCUCGACAUUGGCGCCUGCUAACACCUGAAUGUUCUUCUUUCGUAGUGUUAUCCAAUUACCAGCUAGCCCUCUUCUUCGUCAAAGCUCAGCUUAAUCUUCUUUGCCUUUUUCUUAGGCUUCCGAUUGGUAGCCUGUUGCUCAGCAUCCUUUUGAUCCUUCUUCACUGGCUCGCUCUUCUUGUCCGCCGCAGAAGUCUCGGGCUCACUGUUUUCGGCGUUUUCGCCAAUCACCUUGCCGACC